UACGGGGCAAAUAUAGCCAUUAGCUGAGAGAGAGCCUCAAGUUGCAGCAGUGGCCACAGGGAAGCCAUCUGCUACCAGUGGCUCUCCUGAGCACGGGGACAUUCUUAUUGACAUUAAUGACCACUAUCCCCGAGAGUUCCUCUCUGAUAUUUUUUCCCAAGCUAAAAUAAUGGGUGAUUCAUCAGUGCCUGUUCCACUGCGCGCUGAUGGAACUGCUUUGAGUUUGAAUAUGGAGAACCAUGAACCAAAGCACUGGUCUUUUUUUAAAAAGGUAGCCCAAGAUGAUUUCGUCAGAAAAGACGUGUCUCUGAUAGACCAGGAUCAUCUUAGUCUCUCUUCUACUUGUGCAAAGGUUGAGGAUGAAGCAUCCAUUGAUUAUGGUUAUCCUCCUUUUAGUGGUGGAGCUAUGAUAGACCAUAUGGACUCCCGAAUGAAUAUUGAAGGUGAUAUUCAACACCCAUCACGCGAGAAUGUUGAACCGUCCACCAUGAAUGUGCCUUCAGAUUACAAUCCUUCUCAAACCACUAUCAUUCAAAGCACACAGUAUGAUGGUGCAAUGCAUUUAAAAGUACCCGAAUCCGAUUAUUAGGAUGAGAACCAAGAACUUCAG